AUUCAGCAAACGACCAACAUGCAAGAAGUGACGCCGUUCCGACUGACGGCGACGGUGGUGGCCGGCUUUGGCCGUGGCGGGAAGCAGCUGGGCUGCCCGACGGCGAACCUGUCGUCGGAAGAGCUGGGUGACCUGCUCCAUGACAUUCCCACUGGCAUCUACUGCGGUUGGGCGACCGUGGACGGGCAAGGCCCAUACAAGGCGGUGGCGAGCGUGGGCUGGAACCCGUUCUUUCAGAACAAGGAGAAGACUAUCGAGCCUCAUUUGCUGCAUGAUUUCACGUCCGACUUCUACGGCGCGACCCUCAACCUCGUCCUUGUGGGGUACUUGCGGCCGGAAGAGAACUACCCAUCCCUGGAAGCCCUCGUGGACGCUAUCCAAGCCGACAUUUCCCAAUCGCGUGCCUGGCUCGACGAACCCCAUGCUCAGACAUUCAAAGCGGACACGUUGCUUCAAUCGACGCCGUCCGCCCUCUAGAGAAGUAACAGUUCCGCCAUGUUCAUAGACGACACUUGCCAUUCCGUCGUAUAGCCAUCAUAGUCUACCGGUAGUAACUACCAUAGUCUAGAUGUCCUUUCAGUAUCUCUCCAUAACAAGUCGUCGCUCCUACUUGUACACUAACUAGUACUUCGAAGUACAUGAGAUAAAGCAUGAUACACUGGGC